UUCGACCAAACUUCGAUGAACAAAGUCCCAAUCCCCGGAACGGGUUUACUUUAUCUGCCUAUACGUGGUCCAGGAGACGAGCCCGACAUCCCUCUGCCUGGUUCCAAACGUCGAAGACUACGUGGUGCGUGUGCGGAAUGUCGACAAAGAAAGAUUCGUUGUGACCGGGCAAAACGGCCCAACAACGUCUGCUCGAAUUGUGUCGCUUUCAAUGCGCCUUGCACAGAUGCCAAGGUAACAUUGGUGUUUGGCUUCCAAUACGGAAAAUAUCCCGACACCAGUAAUCAUAAAGAUCCAAAUGGGAAGACACCGGCCGAACACGUAGACGCUAUCAUCAAUCAUUCUACCACAUAUAUAGGCUCACAAGAGCUUCGUGGCGUGCUCAUCGACGUUGCGCGGUAUUCGAGGGGUCUGGAGGAGCAAAUUUCGAACUAUAGGGAGAUGCUAGCAACAAGUUCCCGAGAGCCUUCAGUUUCUAUUUCAUCGCCGUCUAGUGGCUCUACAUCAUCAACAGGAGAUAUCGACCCUCGCACUGAUGUUGAUGCUUUAAUUCCCGACUUUCAGGACCUCAAGAUAAUGGGCGGUCGGCCACAUUAUUUUGGCCGUUCCAGUGGACACUAUCUCUUACAAACAGCGGAAGACUUGAAACGCGAGCACUAUGCUAAGGGAACCACCACGGCUUAUCAAGGAGACAACCGCACAAGUGGUCGUCGGCUAGAAUUCUGGGGAUCACCGUGGGAGAAACCCGACCGAGAUCCGCCACGCAUUUAUAGAUUUCCACCCAAGGACUUAAUGGACGACUUGAUCAAUGUCUACUUCAACGAGUUUUACAUAUCCCUCCCUUUAUUACAUCAACCUUCGUUCAGACGAGAUGUUGCGGACGGAAAGCACUUGGCUGAUAAUGCGUUUGGCGCCGUCGUACUGGCUGUGUGCGCACUGGCUGCUCGCCACUCUGACGAUCCGCGCGUCAUACUCCCCGGAACAAAUUCGAUGUUGAGCGCUGGCUGGGAGUGGAUGGAGCAGAUUCGAUAUCCGGAACAAAAAGAGUUCUAUUUCAAAAUGUCGCUAUAUGAACUGCAACGAGUAAUGCUCACCAUACUCUACAUGCAAGGCACCGGAACCCCAUCCUCAUCAUGGACGCUCGUCUCUCUUGGCCUGCGCAAUCUUCAAGAGAUGGGGAAGCAUCGGCCGCGGCCAAACCAAGAGCCGAACGCCGAGGAUGAACUCUACAAACGCGUUUUCUGGGCUUUCAUCGUCGGUGACAUCUACACCAGUGCAUUCUUGGGCCGUCCACGUGCGACACGGGACGACGAUCACGAUGUGGAAUAUCCUAUCGAAUGUGACGAUGAGUACUGGGAGCAUCCAGACCCAGAGCUUCGGUUCAAGCAGCCUGAGGGCAAGCCAUCCAUUAUGGCGUAUCUCACAUCAACCUUGAAGCUCCAUCGGAUCCUAGCCAAAGCGCAAGCGACGUUGUACUCCCUCAAACGUACAAGCUUGAACGUGGGGUGGGGUCAAGCAACCGUCGCCGAGUUGGAUUCCAACUUGAAUGAAUGGCUUGAUUCCAUUCCGGAUCAUUUGCGCUGGGACCCACAACGAACAAAUGAGGUCUUUGCAAAGCAAUCAGCGUGUUUGUACGCGACAUACUAUCACAUUCAGAUUCAAAUUCACCGUAAUUUUAUCUCUUCUCCGUCAAACCACACUCCAUUGCUAUCCAACUUUCCCUCCCUAACCAUUUGCUCGAAUGCCGCACGGGCAUGUACCCGUUUAAUAGACAAUAUGUUGAAACGAGGGUAUCUUCUGGACCAUCCACAAGUCUUGGCGUCACUAAUGGACUCGGCACUUGUGUUACUUGUUAACGUCUGGGGGGCGCAACGAAGUUGGGCAACGGCAGACCCCGCCCGGGCAAUUGCUGAUCUGAAAACAUGUAUGAACGCCUUUCAGUUGCAUGAAAAAAGAUGGCAGCAAGCGGGGCGAUUUUGUGAUAUGGUGUUGGCGAUGAGUGAUCACAUUCUAUCUGACUCUUGGGCGAUCGAAGGCACAAAGACCCUCAAACGAGUCAGAGACACAGAAAAUGAGCCUGCUACAGAGGACUCGUCGCCUGGGGGUCCUCGAGUACAAGCAGACUUCGACCUCGAUUUGAGCGCUUUUGAUUUAACCUCACUGCCGCUUUCUACUGCCCAGCUCGGCAGUUCUCUUACCGAGUAUCCGCCCUUCACAAUGGACUGGACCGAGUCCGCAACAGCUCCGGCUUCCGCCUUCUCCUAUGCCGAUUUUGAUUUUGUCUUCAACUUUGCAGAUUCGGCGCUACAGAUGCCUGUGGCGCCGCUCCCUACUUUCUAUGUGCCAACCUCCAUGCCAGAACACAACCAACGCUCCAGACCACACGAAUGGGGUCCUAACCAACCAUGCUAA